CAAUAAAACGGCUGGCCGUUACCGCUCCCCUCCACGUUCUCCAUCCACAGAUCAAUCGCGAGCAAGAAGAGAGCGCGAGAGAGCUGGCAAUCAUGGCGACGGCAGCUUCGGCGUGGGGGAAACCCGGUGCUUGGGCGCUAGAGUCAGAGGAGCACGCGGCCAUGGAGAAGGAUAAUCUGUCAUCCACCUUCCCCUCACUCACCCCGGCCACCUCCGACCCCUCCGCCGACUUCCCCUCCCUUGCUACUGCCGCCGCUUCCAAGCCAUCGAAGAAGAAGAAACCGCAGGUUUUCUCUCUUUCCGAGUUUUCAGGCGGCAAGCCCGUCGGCCACGGCGCGGCAGCCCGAUCUCGGCCAGCGGACGCCUUGUCGUCUUCCUCCUCGAAGGGUCUCACCGCUGAUGAGAUCCUCCUCCUUCCAACUGGACCGCGCGAGCGCAGCGCUGAAGAGCUUGAGCGAUCAUCCAGAGGAUUCGGCUAUUCUACAUACGGCAACGGCGGGGCUCGUCGGGUGGACGGCUCUGUGUCUAGGGUUUCUGGGGAUGAAUCGAGGAGGAAUCCUUUGAAUAGGGAUUCUGGGCCAUCUCGCGCUGAUGAGGUGGAUGAUUGGGGUUCGAUGAAGAGAUCGGUUGGGCCGCCUACUGAGAGGAGGGAGAGAGGCGGUGGGUUUUUUGAUUCUCAAUCAAGGGCUGAUGAGGUGGACAGUUGGGUCUCCAAGAGAAGCAGUGCGUCUCCUGCUGAUGGUUUGAGAGAAAAGAGGGGUGGUUUUGAAAUUUUUGGCAAGGAGAGAUCUGCCGUGGGUGGGGCGGAGUCCGAUAGUUGGGGAAGGAAGAAGGAGGAAGUCAUUCGGGCGGAUUCGGAUACGUGGGGGAGGAAGAGGGAUGGUGUAUCUAAAGCAGAUUCAGAUACCUGGGGGAGGAAGAGGGAGGAAGUUAAUGGUGCUGGUGGUGGGCGACCGAGGCUAGUUUUGCAGCCUCGUUCGUUGCCGCUGGCCAAUGGAAAUACGGAUAGCAACGGUGAAGCUAAUCAUGGGGAGAAUCCAGUUGUUAAUAGCAAGGGGUCGAACCCAUUUGGACUUGCUCGCCCUAGAGAGGAAGUGCUGGCUGAGAAGGGGCAGGAUUGGAAGAAGCUUGAUGAGAAACUGGAUUCCAUAAAGAUAAGGGAAGGAGUGACUGAUGAACUGCCUUUAGGCAAGAAGGGACUGGGCUUGGGCAAUGGAAGUUUGUCUGAGGAUCGCACUGAAAGGAGUUGGAGGAAGGAACUUGCAUCUGAUGCUGUUGCUUCAAUGAAAGAGGAUCAAACCGAGGCGAGCUUACUUGAUAACUGAUCCGGUUGAGCUUAAUUUAAUGCAAUUAUGCAAGUGAUGGAGGCAUUCCUGUGGGCUGUGGCUAUCUCCGGCUUCAAAUUUUGUUCGUUAUAUCUUUGUGAUGUUUUUAAGUUUUUUUAGGUGAGCAGAGUCUAGAAUUUGGUUCGUUAAAUAUUAUACAAUGGUUUGUCCUGUUUGGAAAAUCUUUCACGGUUUCUUUGUUUCUGAGUGAUUGCGCUUGCUUUGCUUAGGAUAUUUAGCCCUUCUUGUUUCAGAGUUGUGUUUGGUUUGUUGAUUAUUUAGACAAAUUUGUCUACGUUGUUCUGCAUGUUGGAUUCAUAAUCAUUGUGAUAAAUUUAUUUGUAUGUUCUGUUCAGUGCGAAUCAAAAUAUUCAUAUA